AUGCUUGGUGGUUGCGGCAUCGCGGCAACUGCGACAGUGCUAGAGAGCUCCAUGUAUGUUGAUGACAUGAUUACCGGAGCUGCAACAUUGGAGGAAGCGCUGCGCAUCUGUUCUGAAUCAACUGAUAUUUUCAAAAGGGCAGGGAUGGAGCUGGGCAAAUGGGCGUCUAGCUCUAAGGCACUAAACGAUGUGUUUGAGGAACAUACCGCAGAAAAUGUGACCCGCGCACUGGGAACAUGUGCCGAAACAAAGGUGCUUGGAGUCGUAUGGAGCAGAGAAGACGACGUGUUCAAGUUCGACACUUCUGCCAUCGUUGAGUUCCUCACGAGUCGAAAGAACACGAAGCGAUUUUUGCUCCAAGCAACGGCUAGAAUAUUUGACCCUUUGGGAUUUCUCUCUCCAUUCGUGAUCCGCGUGAAGAUAAUGUUUCAAAAGCUCUGGGAACUCGGAAUCGAUUGGGACUGUGAACUACCAGAUGAUCUCAGCUCAGAGUGGGACACGUGGUGCCAAAAUAUUCCGAAGCUGAGCCUGCUACAUACGCAGCGGUGUCUCAUUCCUAUCAGCGAGCAGACUCGGUACACUGUCCAGCUUCACGUUUUCACCGAUGCCAGUCCGCACGCGUACGGAGCUGCUGUGUACCUGCGAGCGCGGACUGAGACUGGACAAGUGCACGUGAACCUCAUGCUUGCGAAGGCACGAGUAGCACCCAUCAAACGCCUCACGUUGCCACGACUUGAAUUAAUGGGGGCCCUGAUUGGAGCUAGGCUACUCAGCUACGCGGCAGGUAUUCUCCACGCGCCUGCAGCUGAAUAUCACAUGUGGACGGACUCCACAAUAGCGCUUAGCUGGAUCCGAUCGUCUGCGAACAGAUGGAAGCCAUUUGUGAGCAAUAGGGUUACUGAAAUCCAAGUCAUCACCGAUCCAGCGAGGUGGAGACAUUGUCCCGGCCACUGCAAUCCGGCCGACUUGGUAACAAGAGGCAUCACAGCUGAAAUCUGUGUUUCGAGCUCGUUGUGGUGGAGUGGACGGAAUGGCUGCAGCGAGAAGAGGUAUGCUGGCCGGAGCCUUACGUUCACACGGCCCCUGACGACAGAGCACCGAACGUUGUCAAUGAAGAACGAGCGGGAGCGUCCUCACCACCACCUUAUCUUAUAUUGGGUGUGGCAGAUAUUGAAGGCCGUCUACUGCAACUUGAGCGCUUCAGCAGGCUAUCAAGGGUAUUGA